AUGAACAUCAUCUACUUGACCAUUAACCUCCCCGAUCUCAAGGAGGACUCUUUGAAGUAUGAAUUAACACCGAACAAGUUGUCGUUUGAGGGUACUACCGAAUCCCCUGGUGAAUCACGACAGGACUAUUCUUUUGAGCUCGAUUUGUUCAGCGAGAUUGUCCCUGAGGAAUGUGUGAAACGCCUAACGAGCCGACACUUUGUCGCUGUAUUGCGUAAAAAGGAGCUCAAAUCAGAGUACUGGCCACGACUUACUAAGGAGAAGAUUAGGCUGCAAUGGCUCCGUACAGACUUUAGCAAGUGGGCGGAUGAGGACGAGCAAGAAGAAAAGGAAGACUUAGACAUGGAGGGUAUGGAGGGCAUGGGCGGGCUCGGUGGUAUGGGUGGUAUGGGCGGUAUGGGCGGUAUGGGCGGUAUGGAUAUGGAGAAGCUCAUGUCGCAGAUCGGUGGAGCAGGAGGGGCAGGGGCAGGUCUCGAUGCUGCGAGCGCCUUGGACCCCACUUCGCUGGGCGGUGCUCCCGAUGACUCUGAUGAGGACGAUGAUGGCCCUCCACCUCUGGAGCCCACCGACGCGCCCAAGUGA